AUGUCUGACCAAGCGCAAGCGGACUCGCACAGCGAUUCGCUGUGCUCGUCCCAAGUUCGCGGCGGCAGGCAUCUCCUCGUCCUCUCCUCGGCGGGCAAGCCCAUCUUUUCGCUGCAGCACGGCGACGAGACGUCCGUCGCCGAUCUUGCCGCGCUUGUCGCCGCAAUCGUGUCCUUUGUGCAGCGCGGCGGCGACGAGAUCCGGCACGUGCGUGCGGGCGCGACCUCGCUCGCCUUUCUCGUGCGUGGGCCGCUCUAUCUCGUCGCCUCCUCCUCGUGCGGCGAUACGGUGCCCUACCUCUCCCGCCAGCUGGCCGCACUGCACGCGCAGCUCCUCUCUGUCCUCACCUCAAAGGUGGAGGAGGUGUUCGCGCGCAACGCCGGCUUCGACCUGCGCUCGCUCCUCGGCGGCACCGACCGCGCUCUGCAGAGGAUGCUGCGCGGCGCCACCUCCUCUCCCUCGCUGCUGCUGCAGGCGCCGCCCGCGAUGCGAGCACCGCCGGCGCUGCGCGGCGAGCUCACGCGAAGGCUGCGGCGGAACCGGCCGGCGCCGCUCCUCUUCGCCUUUGCCGACGACCAGUCGCAGUCCUGGCUGCCGCUUUGCUUGCCGCACUUCAAUGAGCGCGGCUUCUUGCACGCGCACCUGCUGCACUACGCCUACACGGCCACCUCCCUCGGCCAGUCCACCUCGCCGCUCCUCCCGGCCGGCAGCCCGUACGCCGAGCCGGCCGCACUCGAGCGGCUCCUCCGCCGUUACCAGCGCGCGCAGGCCCGCACGCACGCCAAGGGCAGGGACGGCCCGGCGCACGAGUAUUUUGCGGCCUCCGACUCGGAGCUCGUCGUCGCGUGGCGCGGCGCCGGCUUUGAGCUCUACGUGGCGCUCUGGCCGCUGAUACAGCUUCCGGCCGCGGCCGCAGCGUGCAGCCAGCUACUGCGCUGGCUGCGGCGGGAGGAAAAGGCCCUCUUCCUGACGUACACCAAGUAUUGA